AUGUCGAUCGUUACAAAUGUCGAUAUUGAGAAGAAGUUCUUUGACUUCUACGAGGGGGACAAAAAUGUUUUUUAUUCAAAGGAGCACGAUCUGUAUUUGAGUCUGUGUGGUGAUAACAUAUACUGCUUUAAGAUAAAUGAAUGGGGGGGCAAAAAGUACGGCAGCUUCAAAUUUUACAAUACUAUGCACCCUACGUGCGUUCUGGAAUCCUCCGUCGAUAUUGAUGAAGUGAAAGAAACUUAUCAUAAGAAGUACCUCAAUAGGCAUUGCAUAUCUUUGUUCAGUUCUAUAAGACUUAUGUACUAUGCUGAUGGAAGUGUGUUUCUCUCCACGGAAGACAACAAGAUACAUCACUAUGCUGUUCACCUGAACGAUGUGGCGGCGAAGGGGGAUGAACGACAUGACAACAAUGGCGAUGCAUGUGGUGAAGAGGAAGAAAGUGGAGACAGGGACGAUAUCUACUUGUACGAUGAAAUGGAAGAGGAGAACAAGGGUGCAUACUCAUAUUACUACAAUUGGGUUCACUUAAAAGAAAAGAAAAUUUGGAAAUCACAAAAUCUGGUUGUAACAUGUUUUGGAUACUCUGAUCAAGGAGGUAAACAGUUACUUGUUGGCUACAUCAAUGGGUUAAUUAACGUUUAUAAUUUAAAGUCGUAUAAGUUAAACUAUUCCUACCGAAUACACAACAGUCGAAUUACCAACUUGAGAAUGUACAGAAAUUUUAUUAUCAGUUCCGAUGUGACGAAGAAUGUUUUCAUUUACGAUUUUGCCAAGGGAGAGAAGGUCGCAGCGUGCGAUGAUCAUAUGAGUGGUGUCAUUGACUUUCUCUUUUUGGCAGUGCAGGGAGGGGCGGCCACGAAGGAAGGCGGCAAUGAGGAAGAACCCGUCGUGGCGGAGGUGGAUGAAACGAACGGGGAGGAAGUUGCGGUAGAGGAGUGUAAUGAUGAAGGUGUAGAUGAGGAUAAUUGCAAUGAAGAGGAAAUAGAGGAGGAGGAUUGCAGUCCAGAUGGAGUAGCAAAGGCUGACGAAAAGUUGAUCGGGUUCAUCACGGUUGGCAAUGACAAAAUCAUGAACGUUUGGGAUCUGAGCCUCCUGAAUGCACAGGACGAAGAAGAAUUCAACGCCCUGAAGGAUCAGUACAGUAACAAGAAAAAAAAAAAAAAGAGCCGAAAUAGCGCUGUAGUUUCGCUCAGCCCAAUAAAGCAAAUAUACCUGGUGAAUGACAUAAACCACGCCUUGGUAAUUCCGUCUAGCAUCUUCAAGAGCAAGAAAAGCAAGUUAAUAAUAAACGAUGAAAAUGUAAAAUGGUUAAUCCUAACGCACGAUACACAGGGAAACUUCAUUUUUUACAACCCAAUAAACGCACAAGUUAUUUUCAAAUUUAAAGAAAAUAGAGCAUUAAUUAAUGAAAGUAACGUAAACAAAUUUAUUCUCAUAAAAAAUAAAUUACAUGUGUUUAGAGAAGAUAGCUCUUUGUUAAUUUAUCAUUUACCAUAUUUCAAGUUGAUAAAAAAUUACGCUUGCAAAAUUGAGGGCAUAUUUGAAAUGCUCCUCUUAAGUUCUGUAGCCAGGGGAGAACAACCUCAUGAUGAAUCCCCCAGUGGUGAAGACGAAUUGGCACUGGAAGAAGAAGCCAAUGGUAGUCUGAACAAAAAUCACUUUGUGGUUCUUAUAGGAGAUAGCAUAAUUCGAAUUUUAAAUUUUGAGGAAAAUCUCAUCCAGCAAAUAUUACUUAUAGGUCAUGAAGACGUCGUGUCAUGUAUAAAGCUGAGCGAAAAAAACCAACUGCUAUUUAGCGGAUCCAAUGAUAAAAAUAUUUUUGUGUGGUCCUUAAGAACCAAUCAUUGCAUUUACAUACUUCAGGAUAAUUUAUAUACCAUCAAUUCUAUUGAUGUAAAUGUAAAGAAUUUCCCCAGAGUUGUCCUUGUGAGCGUGUGUGAAGAUAGCAGUUUGAAGGUGUGGAAUUUUAGCGUUAACUCAGAUGCUAUCGAAGAUGGAAGGGAAAGAAAGAAGAGAAAAAUUGAUGAAUUUUUUGAGGAUAAGGAGACGAUCCAAAGUAACUUGACCAUUUAUCCACAUAAAGUUACCAUAAACGAUGUGGCCAUAUCACACAACUCUAAGAUUGUUGCCACAUGCAGCAAGGACAAAACCAUCAAACUGUUCGAGGCAGCAAAUCUGAAGCUCAUAAAAACGCUGGAAGGGCAUAAGAAGCCUGUUCAGAAUAUUCAGUUCUCCAAGGCGGAUCACAUUUUGUAUAGCAAUGCGUACGAUGGAUUGAGGAUAUGGAGUCUGACGAACAUGGAAUGCAUAAAAAGCAUCCAAAGUCUAGAUUUUAAUUUAACAAAAAUUUUAAUUCUAAAUGAUAAUUGCAUGAUUAAUGCAUUCAGCAAUGGAAAUAUUAGUAUUGUAAACAUAAAGAACUGUGAAAAAGUGUCUACUGUAAAUUACCACAAGGAUAAAAUAUUUUGCCUUCAAAAGUGUGGAAAGGAUACCAUCGCGUCUGCAUCCCUGAAUGGAGAAUUCCUCUUUUUAAAAAACGUUAGUGCAAAGGUAUGUACAGAGAAUAUGUUGCAAAAGAGGAAACAGCUAUUGUACGAAAACCAACUGGAAAAUUUGCUCAGUGAAAACAAAACAAACGAAUCCUUACUCAUGUGUUUGAAGCUCAAUAAAAAAUUUAAAUUCAAAACCGUUAUAGAGAUGUAUCUAAAUGGUUAUACCUUCUCCAUUUUGCACCUUUUAAAAAAGUUUGAGUACGAGUAUGGCAUAAGGAAGAUAACCCAGGGGGAAAGGGAUAAUCCCGGUUUCGUUUCUGCGGAGAAUGAAACAAAAGGAGGAAACUCCAUUAACGACACUUCUAACGGUGGGGAAAAGGAUAACCAUAGGGGAAAAAACACAAACGGCACAUCAAAGGGCAACCUAUUCAAUGACGACCUUAUCGUUGGUAGCAUACACAACUAUUUGGAAAAUGCAGAUGUUCUGCAAAGCUACAUUUACAAGGAGUUGUCAGAAAUGAUACCUACUGGGUCUAACAAGUCGGUUGCGUGUGAAAAGGGGGAACCUCAACAUAAUGAGAUUGGGCGAAAGCAUAACGAGGGGAAUGACUGCGAACAUGAUAAUCCCUACCAGGAUGAAAACUUCGUGUUGUUUUUAAAACGAAUGAAAAACAAAAACGAACACUCUUACUUCCUAUACCUUAACAAGUUGAUGGAAUUUAUUUCCUUCUUCAUCGUGAACCACAGGUAUGCCUACAUUGCCAAUUUCCUUCUGCACAGCGUAAUUACCUACAUUGACUACGCAGACAUUUGCAAAAUAAAUGACUACAAGCGCUUUUUUGAAAUAUACAAUAGUUACGCGCCUAGGCACAAAAACAGGUACCUCCACUCAUUGCAAAAAUCCAAGUGCUUUGAGUUAAUUAACAUUAAUUAUUAUAACGGGGACAUCAAAAUGAUGGGUUAA